GAGAGGAGCUGCCCAACACAUAGGAAGACAUAUUCGGAUGAACCACUUCAACAGAUGUACAAUUUUGGAAAUCCUUAGACACUGGACUUUCAUUUAUUAAGACUCCUGGAUUUGGACUCAGCUAAGUUAACACAUAUAGUUAGACCAGAUGGCGGAGCCAGAGCCCAGCGCUCACAGCUAUGAGAGUUCGUCCAAAAUGCUGAAAGAUCUAAACAAGGAUAUGGAGAGAUUACUUGAGGAAAUGGAGAAGAUAUCUGUGCAGGCAUCAUGGAUGGCGUAUGACAUGGUAGUGAUACGCACAAAUCCUGCCCUGUCUGGUGCAACAAAGAGACUGGAGGAUGCUUUCCUUAAGUGCAAAGAGGAAGUUACAAAUAAGUGGCAGGCUAUGCUAGACGAGAGCAAGGAGCAGACAUAAGCACCAUACUAGUUCAGUUGGGAGACAGAAGCAGCCUUUAGAGUUGAUGUUUGUUCUAUUAAAGAAACUAAGAAGGAUUGCAUGGGUGCUGUAAGC